AUGGACAGCCUCCUCCACCUCGAGCGCGACUUCUACCAGCAGGGGCUCGACAGCGGCCUCCCACACGGCCACCUCCACGGCCUCAUCGAGGGCCGCGAGCUCGGCAGGGACCACGCCUGGACCCUGUGGGACGAGAUCGGCUACAUCCAGGGCACUGCACUCCUGUGGAAGCAGAUCCUCGCCGUCCAGGGCCCACCUUCGUCGUCGUCCCGCGCCGCCUCGACCCUCGACUCGCUCCUCGCCCUCGUCGACGCCUUCCCGACCCACAACGACUCCGAGGCCGCCCAGGGCGACGUCGACAUGACGGCUCAGCUGUCGACCCUGCGCACAAAGUACCGCACCGCGUGCGCAGCUCUCGGCAUCCGCCCAAGGAUGGCCGUCAGCUCGACCAACGGCGACACGGCCCAGGGCCAGGACUCGCUCAAGAGCAUGGGCAUGAGCGUCUGA